UCGCGUCCCUAGCAACACAAAGACCACCUGCAGCCCUUAUCAAAUAUUAGCCAUAAAUUCAGUUUGUUAAAUAAAUAAACAAUUUAAAAAAUUAUAGCUUUGUUCUUUAAAUACUGUUCUAGUCUAAAUAAAAAAAAAUGACUGUCAAUUUAGAAGAGUAUUUUAGGACCACGUUUGAAGACAAACUACUUGUAAAAAUGCCAGAGCGAGAGGAUGACCACCUCACUCCUGCCACACGGUUACUUGAGAAAAGAAGAGAAAUGGCUGAGGUAGAGCAAGCACUUGCAGCUCAGAAAGAGGAGUUUCAAAUGAAAAUGGAAAGUUUACAACAAAGGCGAGAAGAGUUGGAAAGGAAAGAGUUUCAAUUGAAAGAGUCUUUACUGAAGUUUGACAAAUUUCUAAAGGAAAAUGAUUCUAAAAGAGCAAGAGCUGUUAAAAAAGCUAAUGAUGAAAGGGAAUUGAAGAAGCAAAAAGACAAAGAAAUUGAUAGAGUGAAAGAAGAGACAGAUGCUCAGCAGAGGGAAAAAGAAAUGUUACAAAAGAAGUUGGAUAAGUACACAAUAUUUCAUACCUACAUGGACAAAGUUUUGGAGGCAGGGGAAGAUUUCCAUGAGAUUCGUGACAUCAUCACUCGAUGGGACACUUUAACAGCAACCCAUAUGGACUUGCUUGAGAGGGACCAGAAGAAUCACGACAGAAUAGAGAAACAGAAGCAGAAUCUAAUGAAGUACAUGGAAGAGAAAGAAAACCAAGUUCUUAAUUACAACAAUCAGCUGUCUACAUUGCAAACCAGACUGGACGCCGCCCAGAGUGAUGCAGUCAAGUGGGAGAGCAAGUGGACACAUAUAAAAAAUACAGCAGCAACAAAAACUCUUCUGCUUGGGAGAAUUAAGAUGGCGACACAUAACUUAUAUCAACUGGUUCGCAGUCAUCAAAAUCAGCUGGAUGAUGUUGAGGACACAACAGAGCAACUAACACAGAUUCAACUUUUUGUGCAAGACUUGAAUCAAAUCACCUCUGAAAUAAAAAAGAUGGAACAUUCAGGGACAUCCUAUGUUGCAUCUUCCUCUACUUAAUGUCAUAAAUAUUUAUACCAAAUUGUUGAUGUAUGCAUGUUUAUGUGGUUAAAAGUGGUAUCUUUAAUUUGUGAAUUAACUUUUUCUUGUAAGAAUUAAAUAGGCAUAGAAUUAUAAGCUAUAUUUGUUAAUCUCAUUUGAUCUACCUUUAAAUUUUUUCCUAUAUUAUAUGAAUUAUAUGACAAUAAAUUGUUACAUCUGUCAAAAUAGUUCAUAUCUAUAUAAAAUGAUUUUUCCUAUCCUGUUUCCUGCUAGAUUCUGUAAGUAUUGUAAUUUACUUAGUUUAAUGGAAAGUUUUACAAGAUUUUAGAGUGUUCUAGAAGUUUUCUAGCUUAAAGUGCUGCUACCAGAAUGUUCUCUGCAGUGGCUUAUUUACCCCAUCAUCCUCCCCUCUUAUGCCACUAGCUAAUGUUAAUUAAGGAAUCAAAUCUAGUACAUGUUGGCAGAAGAAGAAUAAAUAUGUGUGUAUUCAUUGUUUAGAUGUUAUUUACAAACAUUUGAUGGAAUUAUGUUGUUGAAACAUAUUUUGUUGUUCUAAUUCAUAAUGUAAAUAAUGCAACUUGUAAAGUUUAUUUCAUUUGUAUAUAUAUAUAUAUAUAUAU